AUGCCUAACGACAGGAUGCGGCUACGUCUUCAGCUUGACUUCACAGACUGCUUUGGAACGGGGAAUACGUGGAAGGUUUUGAAACCACCAGCCACAGACUCGGCGGGGAACAAAUCUGCAUGCGAGGGUGUAGUGAUUUCUCAGAACUGCGCCCUUCACAUUCAGGGCUACACUGGACGGACGGACCACCGGGCCACAUAUAGCAGCCCUUCGCUUGUUGGGUGCUCGUCGCCGUCAGAAACGAUGGCGAGUGGUUGGCCCUAG